AAUGCUUGCUUAUUUCUCCAAAAGGUUUUAAAAGCAGAGACACAGGAGCAGAAAAUUUCAGAAUGCCGUCUGAGAGCAUUCAAGAAAUGCGGACAGGCCGGAGGCUUUGUCAGUCCGAUUCUCACCAUGAUGCUGUCCUGGCAGCCUUGAAUCAGCAAAGAAGUGAUGGUGUUCUCUGUGAUGUCACCCUCAUAGCUGAAGAGCAGAAAUUCCAUGCCCACAAGGCUGUCCUAGCAGCAUGCAGUGAUUAUUUCCGAGCAAUGUUCAGUCUUUGUAUGGUGGAAAGUGGAGCUGAUGAAGUGAAUUUACAUGGUGUGACUAGCCUUGGUUUAAAGCAAGCUCUGGAGUUUGCAUACACAGGACAGAUUUUAUUGGAGCCAGGAGUGAUCCAGGAUGUAUUGGCAGCUGGAAGUCAUCUUCAGCUACUGGAGCUCCUCAAUUUAUGUUCCCACUAUCUCAUCCAGGAAUUAAAUAGCUUUAAUUACUUGGAUCUGUACAGACUUGCUGACCUCUUUAAUCUCACUUUGUUGGAGAAGGCAGUGAUCGAUUUUUUAGUGAAACACCUCUCUGAACUCUUGAAGAGUCACCCUGAAGAAGUUCUAACACUGCCUUACUGCCUGCUUCAAGAGGUCCUAAAGAGUGACCAGUUGACGUCCCUAAGUGAAGAGCAAAUCUGGCAGCUAGCCGUGAGGUGGUUGGAACACAACUGCCAUUACCAGUACAUGGAUGAGCUCCUCCAGUACAUCCGUUUUGGUUUAAUGGAUGUGGACACCCUUCACACAGUUGCCCUGUCUCACCCUCUGGUCCAAGCCAGCGAGACAGCCACGGCACUGGUCAAUGAGGCCUUGGAGUACCACCAGAGCAUCUAUGCGCAGCCCGUGUGGCAGACCCGCAGGACCAGACCCCGCUUCCAGUCAGACACGCUCUACAUCAUCGGCGGGAAAAAGCGGGAGGUCUGUAAAGUCAAAGAACUCCGCUACUUCAAUCCCGUUGACCAAGACAACGCGCUGAUAGCAGCCAUAGCCAACUGGAGCGAACUGGAGCCGAUGCCCGUGGGCAGGAGCCACCACUGCGUCGCAGUCAUGGGGGAUUUCCUCUUCGUAGCAGGUGGGGAGGUAGAGCAUCCUACUGGUCGGACAUGCGCAGUGCGCACCGCCUGUCGCUACGAUCCCCGCAGUAACUCUUGGGCCGAGAUUGCGCCCAUGAAAAACUGUCGGGAACAUUUUGUGCUGGGCGCCAUGGAUGAGUAUCUCUACGCUGUAGGAGGCCGGAACGAACUGCGGCAAGUUCUGCCCACAGUGGAGCGAUACUGUCCCAAGAAGAACAAAUGGACUUUUGUGCAGUCCUUUGACCGGUCCCUUUCAUGUCAUGCAGGAUAUGUGGCGGAUGGUCUCCUUUGGAUAUCAGGUGGGGUAACCAAUACUGCACAAUAUCAGAACAGACUAAUGGUGUACGAACCCAAUCAGAAUCAGUGGAUUAGUCGAAGUCCUAUGCCACAGAGAAGAGUGUACCACUCCAUGGCUGCUGUCCAGAGGAAACUGUAUGUUCUUGGGGGCAAUGACUUGGACUAUAAUAAUGAUCGCAUUCUUGUGAGACAUAUAGACUCUUAUAACAUCGACACAGACCAGUGGACACGAUGCAAUUUUAACCUGUUAACUGGUCAAAAUGAAUCAGGAGUUGCUGUCCAUAAUGGAAGAAUAUAUUUAGUUGGUGGCUAUUCGAUUUGGACAAAUGAGCCUCUGGCAUGUAUCCAGGUUUUGGAUGUCAGCAGAGAAGGCAAAGAAGAGGUGUUCUAUGGACCCACACUUCCUUUUGCUUCCAAUGGAAUAGCAGCAUGUUUCCUUCCAGCUCCAUAUUUCACAUGUCCUAACCUCCAGACCCUGCAAGUGCCUCAUCAUAGGAUUGGCAAUGUCUGAGCAUCCCAGAUGUGCUAUUUUAUCCAAGUCAAGAGCAGGAGGAAAGAAAAGCUGAAGCUUGACUAUCCAAUUGACUCUGGGCAUUGAGAAUGGAAAGAGUCAGUGCUCAAUACUUCCUUGUUUUGUUUUAUAUAUCUGUCUUAAUUUAGAUACAUAUUAGUAAAAAAAAAAUCACAAAACUCUUGUCAACUUUCCCUCUUUUAUCACAUGUCAAUAUAUCAUAUGGUACAUACAUUUUUUUAAAAUCAUGGUAUAGCUCAUUGAUAAUCUGUUACUUGCUUGUAUAUGACCCCAUGUGUCUUAAAUACAUUGUUCAUGUGUCUUUCCUGGCUAAUGUUGCCCAGGAUUAUACAAUAUUAUUUUAAUUGUGCAAAUUUAUUUCUUUCUAAUGGCAUCACUGAUUCAACAAAAUAAUGAAUCUUCAGUAUUAAAACUUUUUCACCAUUAAAAAAAAGGCACACAAAAAAACUAUUACUUAUCCCAAUUCAAUAGAGGCUCUGCAUUAUAAUAUGAUAAAUUUUUAAAUGUCAUAUUUUAUUAAAGGUAAUCCAAGAAUAAUAGAAUGGAAGAAGGCUAAGGGAAAAAGGCAUAAAACUCUUGAAUUCUUACCCUAUUUUACACAUUCUGUGACCUUGGGGAAAAAGUACAACCUCUUUCAAAUUUUCAGGUUCCUUAUUGUUUAAGCAGUGUAAUUAUCUCCUUUUUCCAUCCCAAAGGGUGGUUUGAAGAUGAGACAAGCACUGGGAAAGCAUUUUGACCUCUUAAAGAAAAAAAUCUCAUGUAUCCCUAAAUCACAAGAUAUUAUUACUGCUGUUCAGGUUCAUGUAAUUGGGCACAGGAAAUAGAUUAUUUUUAUGUUAACAAUGGCCAGAUCCAACUUGGAAAGUGUAAAGUGUGUAGGAAAAUGUAUAUAAAUCGCCAAAUGAAUAGCAGAUAGUAAUUAGGAUGAAGCGAGUUUACUUCUUCCACCCUAUUCUAACCUUGUACAAAUCCUUGCCUCAAGUAAUAACUGUGGAAUAUCUCUCAUUCAGUGAAAGAUGACAUUUAAGAGCUUAAAAAAAUUAGCUUGCACUAGUUAUAUACCAUAAAGUACUUUAACAAUUUUGAACCUAGAAAAGAUAGUUCUAAGAAUUUAAAAGUUUUCCUACUAAUACUUAAGGGAUUCUUCUUCACCCUCUCCAUCCAUAUUUUAUUAUUAGUACCUUUAAUAAUGAUUUGGAAAUCUCUUUUCAAACCAGAUUUGUGUCUUCUUUAAAUAAAAAUAAAAAAUAAAAGAAACUGCCUUUCACCCCCUUAAACCCUACCAACCAAUUAAAAAACAUUUGAUAUGGAAAUCCAAUAGGUGUAAAGGGAGAGUUUGAUCCAACUAUGAGCCAAUUUGCCUUUAUUAAGAUUUUACUAUGACCCAUUUGUCUCCCAUAUAUUUUAAUUGCUCACUGUUUCAAGACUUCAUUUAAUAGGACACUGGCAUUAUAUUCACAUCAGAAUUUCUUGCACACUCAAGUGAAAGGAGUCAUAUGUUUAAUGAAUCACAUCUUCAAUAACAAUUACUAAGUGCUGUCUGUUUCCUACAAACUACCACGUCAUUAAAAGAACUUUAAAAAGUCAGCUUUUAGAUAUUAUAUGACAUAGUAAUAAAGACAUCAUAUAGUAAGAUAUCUACUAAUUAAAACAUUCUUUUGUUGUUGGGUAAGUAGGGAAAAAAGAGAAACAUCAUAUUUUAGAAAAAAGGACAAAUUAAGUCAAAAGGACUUAUUAUAUGCCAGACUUUCAGAUAAGCACUGGGCAUAUAAAGAUAGCACUCUUCCCCAAAAAGACCCUUUUCUCAAGGAGCUCAGUCUAAUAUGAAAACAAGCCUAAGAACAACUUAAGUUUUACUGUUGCUCUUUAAAGAUAAAAACUCCCAAAAUAUCUCCCUGAGUGACAACUUAAUAAGAAUGAUGACCUAUAUCAUCCCUAGUUGGUCACCAAAGAGAUUCACUGAUACCUUACUAAAGAUGAAAUAUUUCAGAGGAAAUCUGAGCAAGAUUCAAAACAAAAAAAAAAAAUUAGAGUUGAGAAACAAAAGCAAAUUUGGAAUUAGCCUUAAUUAAACAGCAAUUCAACAAACCAUAACAUGAGUACAGCUCCCACGAAUUCCAGUAAAGUGAUACUCCUCUUUGUGUAAUGCAGCACAUAACUUCUUCCUUCCCAUCUCAGGCCUAAGUCCUAGCAUAUUUAUUGCAGGGAAAACAUGAAUAUAAAUUUGCAUUUACUGACAUUAUUUCAAAUGAUAUAGGAGUAUAAGAGGUAGAGAGAUAAAUUUGUGUAGCAAAAGGAAACCAGCCCAGAAUAAUGGACAAGUAGAUGUAAUGAUAGACAAGAAUCCUUAAGUAUUACCCCAAAAAAAAAAAAAAAUUCAAAACCCUGCUAAUCUAUGUACUAUCAGUUUAAGGAUUUAUACUUGAUUAAUGUUAAAAAAAAAACAAAAAACCAGCUAUUUAUUGAGUUUUCUCUGCUACAUGCUUUACCUCUGGCUAAACAAGAUUACAAAGUACAUUCACAUUCUUCUCUUUAAAUCUAAAAAUUCUUGAAAUUCAUAACUUUCCUUUAUCCCAAAUGACUAAUAAAGAUUAAUCAAUUGUAAACAACUUUUGAAACAGCAAGUUUGGGCUCUGUGACCAAAUGAUUCCUCUGAAACAGAUGAGAUACAUAUGUUCCAUUGGUGGGCAUUAUUAAUCUUAAAUUUUUUUAUCUUCAUAGCUUCAAUUUUUGAGUUCAAAAUAAAAGGAAAUUAUAAAAUUUGCAAAAUCUGACGGAUUAAAUUGUGUAAAUAGUAAGUCUACAACUUCUCAUGCAUUAUACAUGAGCUUUUUCUCAUUUCAAAUUAUUCUGUGGUUUUGCAAUUUUUUGCUUUAACAUUUGAAUUGAACUGAAGCCAGCACAAGAUCAGCAUCCAACUUAGUAUUUGUGAGGUACAAGAGAGAAAAGUCUCUCUUAUUGUACCUGGACACAUUUUAUUUCUGAAUAUUUUCUUCAAAUUUUGACCUCAUGAAUAAAAGUUCUUUCCUUUG